AUGUCUACCCUACAGAAGGAUCUCUAUUAUCCCCUAAGGGAUGCUGAGGAUAAGGUUCUAACUGAAACUAGAGUUAAGGUCUGGGAUAAGAAUCCCAAAACUCUAGCUUUCAAUGUCGAUUCCUUACCCGACCUGAAGGUCUACAAGGCUGAUGACAGUUUUCUAAGCGUAGGAAGUCUACUCUUCAGACGUCUAUGUGCAGUUCAAGGAGGUCCUGGGUUGAGAGAACUAUCGCUACAUCAUCUACCUUACCUACCUGUAAUUUCACCUAAGAUCUAUAACGACUAUGAGACGGCUCUAUUUGAAGUUGAACUUAUGGACAGUCUAUCGGUCAAUAAGGUUCUAUGGUUAUCUAUCCCCUAUCAUCUAAGACAGUUCAUCGGCAGUGGUUAUCUAGAUCCAACUCAAGUAGAUCUAUCUAAAUAUACUGAUCUAGCCAACUACACUGACGUUGUCUACGAGCAGGAGGCUGACAAUUCUAUAUCUACGAUUGCCGAGUUUCUGCGCUUAACCGCUGUGGUUGGUCUACUCGGGUUCGUCUAUCGUGACUUAGAAUCUAUUAUGUCGGAGCCUCUACUCAAGAGGCAUCCUAUGUCUACAGCCACCAUACGAGUUAGGCCUCUAGGGGAUACCUUAUUCUACUCCUGUCUACGCAUGUCGGCUAUGAUCAAGAACAGUCUACUACCCUGUAUAUUCUAUAAGAUCGACGAUAAUCACUCUAUAUGUGAUCUAUUGGCAUUGGACCCUAGUUCUAGAGAUUAUAUGGCCCUAGGAAAUCGCAUUGGAGCAGCGAUUCAUGGCGUCAUCACUUCCAAUGCUUGGGCUCUAGACUUGGUUCGUAUAAACGAGUCUAAUCCCGACAUUCUACAUAUUCUAGAAGUAUCUACGGAGAAGUAUUAUGAUGCCUAA